AUGGUUAAAGUGAGCGCUACGAAAAGGUUUGAACAGCCCGAAAACUCGUUUUUCAGGUAAGAGAGAAAAGCGAGUUGGUGACGGUGAAUGCGGGCGAGAAUCUGGAGAAGCUGAUGGCCAAAGGGUACGUGCAUCCGAUGAAGCACUCGGCUCUCGUGCCCUACUUUGACGAGUGAGUCCUAGAAUGAGGAUGCGGAUCAUGAAAUUGAUGAGUUCAGAUUGGAAGUGGAGGCCGACAAGAACUUUCAGUUCAUCCUCAACGGACUCAUGAACACACUGCUCACUGACGCAUAUCCCGAGGCUUCCGAAUAUUGUGAAAUGUUUAUAAGGUGAGUGAGGUGGCCGGGAGAUCCUCUUACUUCGGAAAUCCGCCUCACGGUCUCCAGAGCUGACAAUAUGGGCGUGGCCUCGGCUGCCAAAUGGCGUUUUCAUGAAUUGAGCAGGUUUUCUCUGAUUUUUGUGGUCAAAGGCGAUGAAAAAUGAUUGUUCGACAUGAAAACACAUUAAUUCUCACAGAAUUAAUGACGUUUUGGCGCAUUUUUCGCCGACUUUGCUUUUUCGCCUUCGCCGCCGAUCGCCGCCUAAAAACCGCACUUCUCAUUUUGCGCUUUCUUGACCGUUUUCAGGCAGAAUUAGUUUUGAGAAUGAUAAAUCACGUAAAUACAAGCAUUUUGAGCGCUCGAACCGCGAAAACUACCGAAAAGCAACUGAAAUUCACGCAGUUUUAGCCAAAAACCUUCAAACGGAUAAAUUUUAUUUGCGACUUGAUCAAUUUUAACGCUUUUGCGCUUAAGAAAUUCGUAAAAGCCUAUACAAUCGGUCUAUCGAGAGACAAAUGAGAAAUUAUCGGUUUUUUGUGGCAAAUCUGGCAAAAAACACAAAUUUUGCUGUUAAAAUUUGAAUUACGCGCCAAUGUAUCGCUCUAUUGGCACUUGCGCGCAUUGUCAGCUCUCGAGCCCGUGCGCCUCUUCACAGACACCUCCACCAAUUCGGACUCCGAAUGAGCAAGCAUACCUACCUCUCACUGGUCCGUCUCUUCUACGAAGUCAUCGUCAAAGAGCACCAACGGUCGGAUCUGAUGCUAGUCGCGUGCGCCGGGUUCGCCAAGAUGUCCGAGCUGUGUCCGGCGGGCCGGUUCGGAUGGCGGGACCUGGUGCUCGACUGGCGUCCCAUGUACCGUCUCCUCCUGCUCUCGAUCAACGGGAAACUGAAGCCGGAUCCGACGGAGAUCCUCAGCGACUCGAUCCACGUGUUCGCCCACUUCUACCAGCCGACGGAGCACGCGGCGAUCUGGGAGACUCUGCUCGAGGAGCUCGCCCUCGGACAGCAGUGGACGAUGGAGCGGUUCACGAUGCUCUGCUGGAACUUUCUGUCCAUUCAGGGAAUGUCGGAGGAGGAUCUCGAGAAGUACGCGGUGAAUUCGUGGUUCCGCGAGCUGUGGAACAUGUACCUGCAGGCCGAGAUGAACACCAAAUUCACCGUCGUCUGUGUGGAUUACGUGUCAGAGUGGGUUGCUCGAAAAGUGGAAGGUUUUCAAUUGAAACACUUGCAGACUGCUCAGUCACAUGCCCGCAGUCUUUGAUCUGAGCCCCUACUACGACGUGAUCUUCACCAAAAUGAUGCGAAGCUUCUGUCUGACGGUCCGCGACGGAAAAGUUUCGGUGGGCGACGGACAGGAAGGUCAGACCCUCGGCCAUCUGGCCAAAGUCUGCGCGUACACGAUCGGAGGACCCAGAUCGUGAGUUCACAAUACUCCUAACCGAUUAGCAUCUUCCCGUUCAGAGCUCUCGCUUACUUUCAACGCCUGAUGAAGUACAUACUGUUCAAUGUGCACCCGCAGAACUCGGGCAAUCACACCGACCAGAUCGGCGACUUCCUCUACAAAUUCAUCUCCUUCUUCAAGAAGCGCAUCAAAGAGGAGCGUCUGGCCUACAAGAAACGGCCUGUUCCGAACGAGUACUACCUGAAAGACGCGGAGAUUGAUGCAGUAACGGAGGCGAUGACCGACCUGGUCAUUAUGCUCAUGUUCUCCGAGGACUAUCGCAAUGUGAGCGCCCAUCUGCAGGUGACUGUUAACUGACUCUAUUUGCACAGGAUCACAAGCUCGUCUACGUGCUGACCGCCAUGAACCGAGAGUACGUGGCGCCGAAGCUGCUCGACCACCUCUACUCGUCACUAACCGCCUUCAGCGAACCCCACCGACUCACCGUCAUCAUGCAGACCUUCUCGAUCGUCUGCUUCGAAGUGAUUCGCCUGCCCGAUGCGGACUACCGCGCCCCGCGCAACAUUGUCUACGACUCGAAGUGGUUCCGCGCGUUCGAAGAGCAACGAACGAAUUGGGCGACGUACCGGACGGGCAGCGUAGUGCCGCAAGUGCUCACGCACCAGUUCACGAGCCUCCGCGCGCACGCCUUCUACAUGAUCGAGAUAUUCGUGAACAACAUCGACGUGAACGACGUCUACCGCACCGCCUCCGUCCUCCGCGCGCUCGUCGUCCUCUUCAGCUCUUUUCCGCUCAUGGACUUCUCCGCGGCCAUCGAACAUCACGGCGACGAGAUGAACGACGACGAUCGCAUCCUCUGCCGCAUUUCGAAGCGAGUGCCGACGUUUGUCGAAUUUGCGUUCGAGCGCAUUCUCGACGUCAUCACCUGCUUGUCGGUGGUCCCCGCAAAAUCGUCGGCCGGCGUCUCGGUCGGAGUUUCGAUGUCAACGGAGUCACAGCAGGCGGAGGGCGAAGAGGAGCUGAUACUAAAAACCGGAAUCUGUCAGUGUGUCAGCGCAAUUUUCGAGAGAUCCGAUGAGAAGAUCAAAAAAGUAAAGAAUUCACUCUUUACACGGCAACCAAAAACGUAGAAAGGGGCGUGGCCUAGCGUGCACGAUUUAUCACCAUUUUGGCGCGAAAGAAAUUCGAAAUUUAACCCCAUUUUUCAUGUUUUUCGUCAAAAAUUACCCGAAUUUUGUACGAUUUCGACGAUGUAAUUGCAUAACUUUGUUAAUCUAAUCAUCGCGCACUUUUUGAGCUUAAAACGAGCAGGUUUCAUUCAGAAAUGAAUCAAUUGAAUCGAUUUUCAAGUUUUGUGCUGAAAAUGCGCGAAUUUCAGUCAUUCGCCGACACUUUUUGCCGUUUGAACGCUUAAAAUACUUGUAUUUAUUAACGUGCUUAAUCACUUCCGACACUCACUUCGUCUCAAAACUAUCCUCAUCGGCCGGUAUGAAAAUUCCGAAAUUGCGGCGGCGAUUGGCCGCGGAGCGCGUAUUGCGAAAUAUGCCAAAAACGUCUCAAACGCGGCGUUUUCACGAAAAUUUCGAUGUUUUCACUCUUUAAUGUCUUCUUUCGUCGAUAUCAAACACAAAAAUAUGGGAAAAGUGCUGGGAUUGCGGCAAUUUUGAGAAAAAGCGUCUCAGAUUAGGCCACGCCCCUUUCUACACUUUUGGUCGCCGUGUAUUUCUUUCGCUGUCCCACUAUUAUUUUCCAGCGUCUGUUCAGCCGUCUCUUCGACUACGUCUCCACGUCGGAAUUUGCAAGUUACACGGCCACAGAGCUGCUCUCCGGCCUGGUCGGAUCGGCCAUCUGGACGUGUCCCGACGCGUUCAAGUGGUUCAUUGAGUUUGUGUCGAAAAAGUUGAAGGCUCUGAUCACUGGUAAUCAAAUCACGAGCUCGGCGGGCACUCACAAUUUUUCGCCAAUUUUAGAAGACGUUCAAAAGUCGAAGAAUCCCUCGUCGACGGUGGUGUUCCACGUGGUUCUCGCUCGAGCCGUCUACGUGGCACCGCAUCAAUUGAUUCUCAAGAACGAGGCGCUGCUGUGCGAGAUCACGGACCUCCUGCUCAAGUGUCAAUGCAAGCGGAUCUACCGAAUGGGCACCGAGGGCGCGCACAGUCUUCUCUUCACGCUGCUCUGCAUCAACACGGAACACACGGCGUCGCCCGAGAAUCAAAAGUUCCAACGACCGCUGAGCGAGUGGAAUCCGAUCAAAGAGUGGGCAAAGUGCAACACGUACAAAGACACGGUCAUCAAGUGGUACAUUCCGGCGAGACAGGAGAUUGAGUGUGUCCAACGAGUGUGCAAUCGCUUCCUCUUCCCCUACAUUCAAAUGUUGCGGCCAGGACAGUUGGAUCGGUAUGUGCUCACAUGACACUACAAUAUUUGUGCUUGUGUUUCAGUGACAACCUCCGUCGCGUCACGAAUCAUUUAAAAGAGAUGCUCCAGAAUCUGUGGAUUCUCGAGCACCCGAAGAACUGCCGAUUCGUUCCCGACAUCUACGCCCCAUACUCGCUUCCGCCGGCCUCCUCAUCACUCGGCGCCGUUCCGAUGGUCGAAUUCGAGCUGCUCGGAGCAAACGGUGAGAAUCCACGAGAGCUGCUCGUCUCGAUGGUCGAACGGAUGAUGCCGGGCACGCAGGAUCCGAAGGCGCUCAUCAAUUUGGCCGCAAUCGCUGCCCAGUGCUUUGGCGGCAAGACUGGCUCGUUUGUGAACGCGUACAUUGAAGCGUCGCUGGACGAAGUGCAUCGCGUGCUCAUGGACUCGACGUACGGACGCAUCUGGAAGGCGUCGCAGCACACGAUGGACGAGUUGGCCUUCUUCAAACACUCGCAACUCGCCGCCUACCACACGAGCAACUAUCGCGCGCCCAACGACUUUGAUCAGCGAAUCAUUGCGUGUCUUCUCGAGUGCGCGCUCAACGAUUAUGAGAAAGUGCGCGACGUGGCGAUUGCGCACUUGAUGAGCAACAUCUCACAAAUCUACCGGUGCCGCGACACGCUCGUGCCGAAAGUGAUGCAAGUGUUCACGGAGAGCGACGCGAAGCAGACGGGACGGCUCAUCGGCGCCAUUGGCGUGAUGCUCGACUUGGGAUGGUUGGGAUCGAUCAACGCGAGGCUGAGACUCGUCUGCUACGACGCCGUGCUCCGCAUCAAAGUGAUCGACGACCCGAAGCUGCGAGUGCUGUUCGAGAGAAUCCGAGAAGAAGUGAAGAGCAUUGUCAACGAUCCGAUCUAUCAAAAAGGCACGCUGGAGACGUUCGAGGAGCGGAACAAGACGGUGAAAGAGUUUGCGACUCCCCUCAUCAAGCUCGACGAGUUCUGGAAGCCCUACUUUGCGCCGGAAACGAUCAGUGCUCAGCUGAAGCGGUGGUACGCGUUUGAGCGCGAGCAGCACAUUCUCCGCAAGCGGCUCGUCGACACGCUCUUCUCGCGUCACAUCCACAAUCCGGAGCAUCAUCACACGAGGCAGAAGCUGGCGCGGACGAUGGCGUACCACGUGCAGAGAGAAGCGGCCGACGAGCGGACGAUCCGGUUGCUGCUGAGUCAGCUGACGGACGAGCAGUACGAGCAGCGGAAUGAGGCUCGCGGGUGGCUCGCCUACUGGAUGCGGAAGAACAAGCCGCAAACGGUGAGGACGGAGGUGCGGAUGCCGCCGCGCAAAGAUCACGGACAGCCGAUGGAGAGCGGAAUUAGGGAGGACAACUUGUGGACGGUCUACGAUUCGGCAAAGGUUCCGGACACUGAGCACAAGUGGAACGAGAUGAUGUUCGUUGAGAAGGAGAAGGGCGCGUGCCGAUGGCCGAGGUGAGCCGAGGGCGAAUCGAUUAAACCUCGCCAUUCUUCUGUUUUCAGUGCACUGUCAGUCGUCCGUCCACGCAAACACGGACCUCCACUGGAAUGCCGUCCGAUGAGCGGCAGCGAUCAAGCGAUUCUCGACUACUUUUCCGAUCCGAAGAGCGUCGCCGACUUUAUCAACUGUCGUUGUUCCGAAAAGGACGACUGCUCCGACCCGAACGCCAACUUCUACCAGAUCGUGCAGUACGCGAUUCGCAACUAUCCGGACGCCCACAAGCCGUUGCAAAUCUUCUCGCAAACACUCAAAUCACUGCUGCUCGGCACCAAACGGCAAAAGAAUCAGAAUCUGGCCGCCGAGCUGUUUCUCGGAAUCGCGCUCGGCCUGAAGCAUCGGACGUUCGCCGAGCAGAAAGAGUUUUGGACGCACGUGACUGUCGCGCUCGACGAGUUUUUCAACACGAUGCUCGAAGAGGCGGAGACGGCGUGGAGCACCGUCAUUCUGCUCCUUUUCAUGAACCGCGACCUUCGACGCGUCUGGUGGCUCGUCGAAUCGUUGAUUGCGGGCGCGCGCAAGUCGACCGCGGCGGCGGCCACUGAAUUUUUGCAAGCAUUGUGAGUAUAGGCGGGAGAAGGGAGAGGAAACGCUUUAUUUCAGCCGCUUCACAAUACUCUUCCUCAAAAGAUGGCGAUAUACGGAGAUUACGAAUCGGUUGGUGGAAAUUGCGUGGAGCAAACUGGCGUUUGCUCUCACCGAUCAGCUGCGUUACGCAAUUGCGAGGUGGGCAAAAAACGGCUACUCACGGUCUCCAGAGCUGACAAUAUGGGCGUGGCCUCGGCCAAAUGGCGUUUUCAUGAAUUGAGCAGGUUUUCUCUGAUUUUUGUGGUCAAAGGCGAUGAAAAAUGAUUGAUCUACAUUAAAACACACUAAUUCUCAGAAUUAAUGACGUUUUGGCGCAUUUUCGCGGAUUUCGCUUUUUCGCCUUCGCCGCCGAUCGCCGCCUAAAAACCGCACUUCUCAUUUUGCGCUUUCUUGACCGUUUUCAGACAGAAUUGGUUUUGAGAAUGAUAAAUCACGUAAAUACAAGCAUUUUGAGCGCUCGAACCGCGAAAACUACCGAAAAGCAACUGAAAUUCACGCAGUUUUAGCCAAAAACCUUCAAACGGAUAAAUGUGAUUUGCGACUUGACCAAAUUUAAUGCUCUUGCGCUUAAAAAAUUCGUAAUAGCCUAUACAAUCGGUCUAUCGAGAGACAAAUGAGAAAUUAUCGGUUUUUCGUGGCUAAUCUGGCAAAAAACACAAAUUUUGCAGUUAAAAUUUGAAUUUCGCGCCAAUGUAUCGCUCUAUUGGGCGGGGUGCACUUGCGCCCAUUGUAAGCUCUGGAGUCCGUGGCGGCUGAGAAAAGUGUCAUCACACAUCAACAAUGCGUUGUGCAGAGUGUUCCGUAAUGCUGCUCAAGUUUGCGAGAUGAACCUGACGGCCACGUUCGUCAACGUGGAUCCCAAAUUCAUACCGCCGUCCGUCGACUACACGAUCGCCAAGAUGCUCGACUACAUUCCGCAGCUCAAGAUCUCGAAUGUGUCGGAGUCUGCGCGGAGCGUCACGUCGGACACGGCGGUGGUGACGAGUCCCGGAGACCCGCCGCCCGCCAAAAAACGACGGGUGCGGAGCCUGUCGGCGGGCUCGGACUCUGACAAACUGGUGAGUUCGCAGGUCUUUCGAAAAACGUUAAUCGUUUCGCAUUCGCAGUCGAUGGCUCACUUCCGCACACUUCUCGAGUACAUUCUGCAGUACUACGAGACGUCGAUGCACAGUUGGACACCGGAGCUCGUCCAAAUCCUGCCCAAACUGAUGGAGUUUGCCAACGAGGACGACUAUGACCUGUCGGAGGAGACGUAUCGCGACGUGGACAUUACCCAGAACGCAGCGGUCAUCAUCCACGACUACAUGUCGGGCGCGUGGCUCAAGGAGCAGUUUGUGGGCGACAUUGUGCACUCGUGGUGUCAGACGUAUUCGACGAACAUGCGAUCGUGGAAGAUUCGACGCGCCGUCGUGAAAUUUGUGCAGGCUUCGGUCUACUCGAACAUCUUUCCGCUGAGUUUGGAGUCUCGGCGGAGCCAGGUGGAGAAGCUCUUGUUCGAAGCUGUGACCGAUGAGCAGGUACCAACAGUAACCCUUUCUACAGUACUCUGCUGCUUCAGAUAUCCAUUCGCCGAGAGGCUUCCAAGUGCCUCCUACUUUUUGUUCACUGCGGAUACAUUAAAAUCACGGACGAGAUGGUCGAUGCGCUGGCUCGAGUGCUCAACUCGUCCACGGAAUCGGAGUCGAAGGUGCACGGAGCCGUAUUGGCUCUCGGAGCACUCGUCCUCGCGUUCCCCUUCUCGCUGCCCCUCGAACUGCUCAAACCGCUUCGCAUUCUGAACUCUUCUAGCUGCAAACGAGCUCUCAUCAAGGUCCAAAUCACUUUUCAAUCUCCCGCUCAUUAUUCCCCAUUUCAGGACACAAUCACGAGUAUUGUUCGUGAAUUCCGCCGCCAACACCGCGAUGAUUGGAAUCGAACGAAGGAAAUACUCGGAGAAACGCUCACUUUCGACAUUGAAAACGCGACGGCGCCCGCCUAUUAUGCCUGA